GCAGCCCUAGUUCGGCUCUUUUGUUUAUUUCGUCUUCUCUUCUUAUUUUAAUUAUUUUUACUCUUAACUUAAAUGAAUGUGUAUAACUUUAUUUGUUUGAUAAAUGCAAUAAGCGGCUUCACUUUGUUUCAAUGUAUUCCUGCAUGCACGACAUCAGAAACAGACACAUUUAAAACCACCGUCGUCCCAAAUGAGUUGAUUGUUCUAUUUCAUUUUAAAUACUUUUCUACGGUCAGAGAGAAUUUUCUACGAACUAAGCUGUUGAAUUCAAAUAUAUCAAAUUGGAGAAUCUUACCUCGAACAAAUUUGGCUAGCCAAUAUCCAAGCGAUUUUGAUAUAUUACGAAUUUCGGAUAGAUCUUCGAUAGAGCAAAUUGUAAAGACAGUCACAUCUCAUCCAUCAGUUAAGGCAGUCGUUCCGCAGCGAAGUGUGCAACGAACUCUGGCAUGGACGUUUAAUGAAACUAUAAUAGAUAACAACCGUCGUCCUCUAGGAAUAGUACGCAAAGAGGACAAGCGGUCACGACGAGUGUCGUCAGUAUUGCAUGCAAAUGUCCUUUGGAAUCUGGGUAUAACUGGGAAAGGUGUAAAAGUAGCCAUCUUUGACACUGGUUUAACCAAAAAUCACCCACAUUUCCGGAAUGUUAAGGAGCGAACUAAUUGGACAAAUGAAAAGUCUCUGGACGAUAGAGUUAGCCAUGGCACAUUUGUCGCCGGGGUGAUAGCAUCAUCCAAAGAAUGCCUGGGGCUUGCUCCGGACGCUGAGUUGUACAUCUUUAAAGUCUUCACAAACUCGCAGGUUUCCUACACUUCGUGGUUCUUGGAUGCUUUUAACUAUGCGAUACACAGAAAAGUGAACAUCCUCAACCUUAGUAUAGGGGGACCAGAUUUUAUGGAUUCGCCGUUCGUUGAAAAGGUUCUGGAAUUGUCGGCUAAUAAUGUUAUAAUGGUCUCGUCAGCUGGAAAUGAUGGCCCCCUAUAUGGAACUCUUAACAAUCCUGGUGAUCAGAGCGAUGUGAUAGGUGUAGGCGGCAUUCAAUUUGAUGACAAAAUUGCAAAGUUCAGCUCCCGCGGAAUGACCACAUGGGAGCUCCCCCUUGGCUACGGAAGACUAGGGCUAGACAUAGUCACUUAUGGCAGCCAAGUGGAGGGCAGUGAUGUGCGCACAGGCUGUAGACGCCUAUCGGGAACAUCAGUUUCGUCGCCAGUUGUUGCAGGUGUAGCAGCGUUGCUUAUAAGCGGGGCAUUUCAUAGAAUUGAACUGAUAAACCCAGCAUCAUUAAAACAAGUAAUCAUAGAAGGAGCUGAAAAACUUCCAUCCUAUAACAUGUUUGAGCAGGGCCAAGGAAAGCUUAGCCUAUUGAAAAGCAUGCAAAGCCUGCUAUCGUAUAGGCCGAAAAUAAGCCUAAUUCCACCAUUACUUGAUUAUACUUCGAAUUACAUGUGGCCAUACAGCUCCCAGCCGCUUUACUUCGGGAGCUCCGUGGCCAUUGUGAAUGUAACAAUACUCAAUGGAAUAUCAGUUGCCAGUCGUGUUGUAGGUACUCCAAAAUGGAUUCCAGAUGUAGAUCAUCAUGGACAAUUUCUCAAAAUAUCAACACGAUUUUCACCUAUUCUCUGGCCAUGGACUGGAUGGAUGGCAGUUUAUAUUGCUGUUCAUAAAGAUGGAGAAGGCUUUGAAGGCGUUUCGAAGGGAAACAUAUCUCUAGUAGUUGAAAGUUUAAGAGACAAAAGGAACGAAACACUUUUAACUGAAGUGAUUUUUCCGCUAACUAUAAAAGUCACACAAAAACCGCCCAGGAAUAAACGAAUUUUGUGGGACCAGUACCACAGCUUGAGGUACCCUCCAAGGUAUAUACCACGAGAUGAUUUGAAAGUGAAAUCCGAUCCUCUUGAUUGGAGAGCUGACCACAUUCAUACAAACUUCAAGGACAUGUAUACAUAUUUACGAAACGUUGGAUACUACGUCGAUGUCUUGCGUGAACCCUACACAUGCUUCAACGCCUCAGAUUAUGGAACUUUAUUGGUUGUAGAUCCCGAGAAGGAAUUUGAUGACGAUGAAGUACAUAUUUUACAGGAACAUGUUCAUAAGGACGGUCUUAGCGUAAUCAUAUUCGCUGAUUGGUACAACACUACAGUGAUGAAGAAAAUCAAAUUCUUCGACGAGAAUACUAGACAAUGGUGGAUACCGGACACUGGUGGCGCCAAUAUUCCAGCUCUAAAUGACCUGUUGAAACCAUUUGGAAUCGCUUUUGGUGACUUUGUUGGAGAGGGACACUUUAAACUUGGCGAUCAUUCCAUGUAUUAUGCAAGUGGCACAACAAUUGUUAAAUUUCCAUCUAAUCCAAAUGAUAUUGUGGUGGGAACCAGCUUAAACGACCAAGGCCUAUCGAUUAUGACUGGCUCAAAAUCUUCAAAAAAGGAACCCAAAAAGGUUGUACCGAUUCUGGGGUUAUUUCAAACUAAUUCCAGUAGUCAACACAGCAAUGAUGGAAACAAUUCCAUUUCGACCGAGAACUCAGAAUUUAAAAGUAGAUUCGUACGACCAAAAAUGAGUAAACGUAGCCUGAGCUAUCUUCAAAAUGUGAAUGUUCCACACCAAGGACGCAUUGCUGUAUAUGGGGACUCGAACUGCCUCGACUCGACGCAUAUCGAGAAGGCUUGCUACUGGGUUUUGAUUACCUUUUUAGACUUUGCCAUGAAUUCACACAAAUCCAGCUUGCUGCAGAACCUAAACCGUAUAUCAGAGUUUAAGAAAAUGACAGAAACCCCAUUACCUUUAAGGAUAUCCAGUAAUAAUUCUAAAGCUGGUCCGCAUGAUGUUACUGAAGCCAGUACCAGACUGAAGCAUUGUGAACAGCUUGACUGGAUAAGGGCUACAUCGAGAAAAACUAAUCACCACCUGGAAGAAAAACUUAAUGUGGAGUGGGCUGCUACAAGUGAACGUGAAGAGCAUCAAAACAAUCAGAUUAAACAAAUAUUAGAUGCGGAGAUUAUUAAACUUUCACAAGAUGCUGAAUAUCUAAUUGGGAGCCAAUCAGAGUUUAGUUUAGGAAUGUCAAUGAUGUUUAUUUUCAGUUUAAGUUUUAUUGUAGUUGUAUUAUUUAUCUUAUUUGUGAAAAAACGAUUUAUUUUGUAAAUAAAUGUUUGACAAUG